GGUAAGGUUGAGGUACCGGGCUGGUCUCACUCAAUUAACGCAAAACGCAUCAAGCCUGCAGAGAAACAUGGCGGAUGCUGAAGAGAUGGUUGUGGUUGUUACCGGAGGCACGGGCUUGGUAGGUCAGGCCAUCCACACUGUUGUUGAACAAAACAGUCGCAGUAAUGAAAAAUGGAUAUUCCUUAGCUCUAAAGAUGCUGAUCUCAAGAGUGCAACUGAGACCCGGGCUGUCUUUGAAAAACAUCGACCCUCUCACGUCAUUCAUCUUGCAGCCAUGGUGGGAGGACUCUACAGAAAUAUGAAAUAUAACUGUGAUUUCCUACGCUUCAAUCAACUAAUGAAUGACAACGUCCUUGAGACAUGCAAGGAACUGAAGGUGAAGAAAGUGGUGUCUUGUCUGUCUACAUGUAUCUUCCCAGACAAGACUCCUUACCCUAUUGAUGAGACAAUGAUCCACAAUGGCCCUCCACACCACUCCAACUUUGGCUACAGUAUGGCAAAGCGGAUGAUUGAUGUUAUGAAUCAGGCUUAUCAUACUCAGUAUGGUUGUAAUUUUACCUCCGUGAUUCCUACUAAUGUGUAUGGACCCCAUGACAACUUCAACCUGGAAGAUGGACAUGUUUUACCUGGGCUCAUACACAAGACAUAUACAGCAAAGAAAAAUGGAACGCCCUUUACAGUGUGGGGAACAGGCAAACCUCUGCGACAGUUUGUGUACUCGCUGGACCUGGCCAAGCUAAUGAUAUGGGUGCUGCGAGAUUAUAAUGAGAUCACUCCCAUUAUCCUUUCAGGUGAGUUUAACAAAGAUAAAGUGUAUGGAUAUGUACAUACCAAGAUAUGUGAACACGCCUGGCUCACAAUAGCAGAAAUCCUACUGCUUGCUUGUCCAUCAGGCCAACAGCCAGCAAAACAGGCAACAUGUUUGGAGGAAAGUGCCCAGUGUGCUGCUGCCUUUAUGUUCAGUCAGCCUCUGCCAGACAAGAAAGGGUGGUGUUGCUGUCGCAUGUUCCUUAUUAAAUAG